UGGGAUAAAAAGGCAUUUUUUGAGCCAAGAAUCCCUCGAGUUGCUUUAAUUUUAAUUAUUUUCGUUAAAAUUCAUCGAAAAAUUAUGAAUUUUCCAUCAUUAGAGUCCUUAAUGGCAUUCGCGAAAGCAAUUUCAUCAUCGCAACACGACAUGGAAGGCUUUCAAAAGCAAAAAGGUGAUGCUGCCAAGUUACGAUUUUGUCUCAAAACCUUGGAAAAGUUGCCAGAAGCAUUACCAAAAGCAUCUGAGAUGCUCAAACCCAAAAACGAUAAAGUCUCAACGGAAGCUCGUACCAAAGGCAAUGAAUUCUUCAAAGCAAAGGAUUAUAUCAGCGCCUUGGAUUUCUACAAUCGCAGCAUUUGUCACGCCAAAUCCAAGCAAAAUCUCGGAAUGGGUUACGCAAAUCGCUCUGCCGUCUACUUUCAUGCCGGGUUUUGGAAAUUUUGUUUGGAAAAUAUCGAGCUUGCUUUAAAGAACGAUUAUCCGGAACAAUUUCAUGCGAAAUUAGAAAGUCGUCGUGCGGAAUGUUUGGAAAAAAUGAAAACACGUGAGGAUAGUCAAGUGAAAUUCGAUAAGGAUUACACGCCGUGGGGCUUGACAUAUCCGCCGAAUGAGAAAAUUCCGAUAAUGAUUGAUGCCCUUGAACUGGCGAAGAACGAGCAUUUGGGGUAUUUUGUGAGAGCGACGCGUGAUUUGAAGCCAGGCGACGUUCUAAUGGUCGAAAAAACCUUCGUGCGUCACGUGGAACGAAGUCACGAAUAUCAGCGUUGCGCAAAUUGCCUCGACCAAAACUACAUGAAUCUCUUCCCGUGCGAACGUUGUACAAAUGUCAUGUUUUGCUCCAAAUCGUGUCACGAGGAGGCUGAGCGACGUUUCCACAAAUACGAAUGCAAAAUUAAAGACGGCAUGAACAAAUUUUACGAAAAUCCCGUUUGGCCCAUUGGAAUUGCAGUUCGAACCGUUUUGCGAGCCUUCACGAUGUACGAGGAUCCGAGCAAAUUGCAAAAACUUGUUGCCGAUUUCAAGGACGAAGAUGACGUUGCGAAAGUUGAUUACGCAAAUCUCACUGAGGAACAACAUUUUCGUGCGGCGUAUUUUUUGGAUCCGGUAAAAGAUCCUUCUGAACUUUACGAUCACGCUAAUGAAUGUGCCGCUGCAUGGUUUUUCCUGUCAAAACACACAAAUUUGAGGGAAAUCCUAAAAACUGAAGAAAUGGAAGAUUUUUUCUUGGGACUUCUUUUCCGCUUCUAUCGCAUUUGCGUGCUAAACGGGAUCCUUUUCGGAGAUAAAACGGGACUUCUUGGCGAUUUGAUCGGAAUGUCGCAAAAUUAUGCAACCGCCAUGAACACGAUCGGCAAACUUUUGAAGCAUUCUUGCGUUCCGAACACCGACAAGUACAACGAUAAAGGAACUUCCAUCAUAAUUGCGAAACGCACGAUUAAAGCUGGCGACACUCUUUUUAGUCAUUAUGGCACCGCAGUUCAUCAUGGAUACACAAAACUCAAAGAACGAAAGGCGAAUGUCAAAAAAUUGUAUGGAUUUGAGUGUAAAUGCCGGGCUUGCGAGUACGAUUAUCCAACCGCAGGCGAAAUGAAGCCUCGUCCUCGUUAUGCGAACUUUUUGAGACAAUGCGCAGUCGAUACGAGUCUCUUGAUAAAGCGAUAUGAUAAGGAAUUGGCACAAAAAAUGUUGAAAAAAUACUUGAAACACAUCACGGAGUUCGAAAGGGGACGCCCAUCGGCGGAACUUUUCUAUGCAGAUGGCAAUGUAACUUUGUCGAUCUUGACUUUGAUGUUUGGGGCACCUUUGAAAUUGCAAUUAAAGCCUAUUUAAAUUGAAUUCUUGAAGAAUUUGAUCGUUUUUUGAAGUAAUUUGUUGAAAUUUUGAAAUAAAAUUGAAGUUUUUUUAAUUUUUUCUCAUAAAAAAUAGCAACCUUUGACUUUUUAAUCAAUAAUUUUAAUUAAUUUCUGUAUUAAAAAUGUUAUCAAAGCGAGUUUUUCUAACAUUUCCCAAACUUCGGGUUAUAACUUCACUCAAUCGAUUAACAACAACUGACACUAAAUGCAAAAAUCCCGAAGAAAAGUCAAAAAUUUUUGAUAAAAACUCCAUUGAACGUCGUUAUGAUGAAUGUGAACAACUUUUUCGCAUCCAAA